UUGAGCAAUGAGAAACAAUUUGGACUCUAGCUGUGGAUACGAACGAGAACUGUUUCCCUCCUUGAUUCAAAGGCAGAACCGGGAUGUCUGAUCCAUAGGAGUGUACUUUAGUCCUUCCAGUUGAUUGGCAAGAAUUCAAAUGCAGUAGGAUGUGAUUCACUGAGAAGAGGUCCCUUGGUACUAGUCUAACUGAAAUUGUGGUCUUGACUGAUGAGCAAGGGGGAAUUUCCCCCUGCAGUAGUAUUGAUUCUUUUCCAAGGCUUACCACAAUUAUGAGUACGGGAGAUGUUUUAUCAUGCCUUUGAUGGGUACAUGGAGCAUGCUUUUCCACUUGAUGAAUUGAGGCCUUUAACUUGCAAAGGAGAGGACACACUUGGUGGUUAUGCAUUAACCCUCAUCGAUUCAUUGGAUAUGUUGGCCUUGCUAGGGGAUCAUGAACGGUUUGCUGCAGCUGUUGAAUGGGUCGGAAAGAAUGUCCGGUUUGAUAUUGACAAAACUGUCUCUGUAUUUGAGACCACAAUUCGCAUUCUCGGGGGUUUGCUAUCUGCUCAUCUCAUCGCCAGUGAUUAUGCCACGGGUAUGAGAAUCCCAUCUUAUGAUAAUGAAUUGCUUCAUUUGUCAGAGGAUUUGGCCAAAAGGUUACUGCCAGCAUUUGAUACUCCAACUGGAAUCCCAUACGGAUCUGUCAAUCUGUUGCGUGGAGUGGAUGAAAAUGAAAGCAAGAUAACAUCAACAGCUGGUGGUGGUACUUUGACAUUAGAAUUUGGAGUGCUGAGUCGUUUGACUAAUAACCCCAUUUUUGAGCAAGUUACAAAGAAUGCAGUGCGUGGUAUAUGGGCUAGAAGAUCAAGAAUCAACCUAGUUGGAGCACAUAUCAAUGUUUUUACUGGUGAAUGGACUCAAAAGGAUGCUGGCAUAGGUACAAGCAUUGACUCCUUCUAUGAGUACCUUCUUAAGGCUUAUUUAUUAUUUGGAGAUGAGGAGUACUUAUUUAUGUUCCAGGAAGCUUACAAGGCUGCCAUGCGUUAUCUUUACCAUGAUCCUUGGUAUGUGGAAGUGAAUAUGAACUCGGCAGUAACUGUUUGGCCAUUAUUCAAUAGCUUGCAAGCAUUCUGGCCAGGACUUCAGGUGUUAGCCGGUGACAUUGAUCCAGCAAUGAGAACACAUGCUGCCUUCUUUAGUGUAUGGAAGAAAUAUGGCUUUACCCCAGAGGGAUUUAAUCUGGCCUCAUUUGUUGUUCAGAAUGGCCAAAAGAGCUAUCCAUUACGCCCAGAACUGAUUGAAAGCACCUAUUGGUUAUUCAAAGCUACAAGAAAUCCGAGGUAUCUUGAUGCUGGCCGUGAUAUGAUCACAAGCAUUCAGUAUGGUGCUCAUUGCCCUUGUGGGUAUUGUCAUAUAGAGGAUGUGGAAACUCACAAACAAGAUGACCACAUGGAGAGUUUCUUUCUUGCUGAAACUGUCAAAUAUCUUUGGCUUCUUUUUGAUUUAGCUGUUGGUCCAGACAACAUUGUGGAGAAUGGCCCAUACAAGUAUAUAUUCAGCACUGAAGGUCAUAUAUUGCCUGCUUCCCCUCAAAUAUCCCUAGCAAGUGAGCAUUGCUCCUACUUGGGAUCAUAUUGCAGAGCGGGCCAACAACAAGGAUAUGGAACUGCUGACAUUUCUCUAGAUCAACGGGAGACAAAUGAUACUGAACAUAUAAGUUGGGAUCGUUCUAUUCCUCAUCCCAAAAUGCAUGACUCCUUUUCAACCUCAGGUUUUAUAAAGGGAUUUUGUCCUGGGCUGACUCAUUGGCAGAAAUUUGGUCUGUCAUACACGGAAGAGCAAGGCCAAAGUCAGGAAACUGACUCCCAAAGUCAAAGUCAAACUCGCUCUGUUUUUGUAAUCGCUAAACCAACUCCUAAACAAUCAGUGAUCAGUCAUCAGAAUGACCAUCAUGAAAUCGAAGAAUCAAGCCAGGAUUCAGGGAAACUCUCAUCUUCUUCAGAUAAUGCAGAUGCACAAGCUGUUGAUCAAUAAAAUACGCAACAAGAUGAAGAUUAGUCAUGCGUGGAUCACCUGUUGAAUUGUAUGUUCCUACACCAAGAUCAGAUGAAUGAUUUGUUUUGAAAUGGCUGAGGAUUAGAAGCAGUUGGCACCAAUGCCCUACCAAUUCCCUCCCUCAGUGUAUCAAAGCGUGCAGUUGACAUUGUCUUCGGCUAUUGCUGCUACCCUUUUAAAUUGGAUUUGUAGAUGUAUGGUAAUUUAGCAGGCAUCACCUUUGCGGUCAAAGUGUAACUGUUCAUUUCAUUCAAGUGAUUGCCGGGUGAAUUAGAGGAUGCAGAAAGGUUUUGGUCAUUACAUCAUGAGCUAGCAAAAGGAUAUUGGGAAAACUAGACUUAUGUUUUAUUAUAUUUAUUGCAUUCUUUUAGUGGUGACGUUUCUAGAUAGUAUCUAUGUUUUCCUUGUGAUAAUUAUCUGACAUUAUGACCAAAAAUAAUUUUAUUUAUCACAUUCAGGAAGUGAGGAAUAGAAAGUUGGAAACAAAAUCUGUUUGUUUA